CAGUUGUCUGACUAUCUGGGACACGAUAAAGUUUAUCUAAGUAUAUAUGAAUCAAACAGCAAAGACAAUACAAAAGUUCUUUUACAGGAGUUCAAUAAAUCACUCAACGAUUUAGGCAUAAGCCACACUGUCAUCACAGAUCAAUCUACUGUUAAACCAACGUUGGUCGGAAAUGAAAGGAUUGGCUAUCUCGCAGGAGUUCGCAAUAAGACCUUAGAACCACUGACGAAGGAAUUAGAUGAGAAAUUCAAAAAAUUCAAAAAAAUAGUAUUCUUUAAUGACGUCUUUUUCGAUUGGUUUAGCGUAGUUAGACUACUGAACACCCGCAAUGGUGAUUAUGAUCAAGUUUGCGCAUUCGAUUACUUCAAGAUCGGUGUAUACGAUACCUGGGUAACUAGAGAUACCUGUCAACGUAGAGUUAAACCAGUUUGGCCACAUUUUCAAGAUAAGCACAGCAUAAACUUACUUCGUCAAGAUAAGCCAAUUCCUGUAAACAGUUGCUGGAAUGGGCUUACGGCAUUCGAUUCAAAAUGGUUCGUAGAGGGUCGUCAAGAGGAUAUCACUCCCGUUCGGUUUAGAAUACUCGAUGAAUGCGUAGCUUCUGAAUGUUUGAUGUCUAGCUACGACAUCCACUUGCAAUCUGACAAGCAGCCCGACAUAUACAUGAACCCACAAGUGCCAACUGCCUACGAAAGGCCAGUCUUCCAAUUGAGAGCCAGAUUGGUUAAUCUUUCACUCACUCGUCCAUACCUUACCUAUCGUUAUUGGUUUGAAGAGAGGUUGUUUGGAUGGCUGACUGCAAUAGGUAGGAAGGAGGAAACCUGC